AGAACAGAAGCUAAAGCAGUUAUUCUACGGAGAAUUUUGUUUCAGGUAUUAUCUGAGCCCAAGUGUGAGAGAUAAAGAUGGAUGCAUUUUAUAUUACAGGUUUGUGGCGCUGUUGAUGCAGAAGAACAAUGAGCUUCCUUAGACAGGUCAGACUUCUGCUGUGGAAGAACUGGACACUCAGGAAAAGGCAAAAGCUUCGUUUUCUGGUGGAGCUUGCAUGGCCUUUGUCUUUAUUUCUUGUCCUUGUCUGGCUGAGGAAGGCUAACCCAGUCUAUCGCCAACAUGAAUGCCAUUUUCCAAAUAAGGCUAUGCCCUCUGCAGGAACGCUGCCAUGGUUACAGGGUAUCUUCUGUAACAUGAACAAUCCUUGUUUCCGAAGCCCCACCCGUGGAGAAUCUCCUGGCGUUGUGUCUAACUACAACAAUUCCAUCUUAGCAAGAGUGUAUCAAGAUGCUCAAGAGCUCCUACUCCAGGCACCUGAAAUCCAUGACCUGGGCAGAAUCUGGGAGGAAUUGCGCAUUAUGAUCCAGUUUAUGGAAACAAUGAGGACUAAUCCUGAAAGAAUUGCAGGUAGAGGGUUAAGAAUCCGAGACAUCUUGAAAGAACAGGAGACUCUGACGUCCUUUCUGCUGAAUGAUGCUGGCCUCUCAGACUCAGUGGUUUUCCAGCUGAUUAAUUCUCAAGUGCGCCCUGAACAGUUUGCCUAUGGAGUCCCUGACUUGACUCUGAAGGACAUUGCCUGUAGCCAGACCCUACUCAACCGCUUCAUUAUCUUCAGCAGCCAAAGGGGUAUGCAUGCUGUGUACAAUGCAAUGUGUGCCCUUUCCCAGGAGAACCUGCAGCAAAUAGAAGACUCCUUGUACGCAAAUGUUGAUUUCUUUAAGCUUUUCCAGCUGCUUCCCACUGUUCUAGACAGAAAGUCGCAAGGUGUUGACCUGAGAUCCUGGGGGAGAGUGCUGUCUAAUGUGUCUCAAGCAGUGCGAGAGCUAGCCAGAAGGCCAAGCAUUCAGGACCUUUUGUUGGUUCUGCAACCGUUUGUACAAGGUGGAGGGCCAGAAUCCUUCAGCCACCUGAUGAGCACCUUGUCUAAUCUUCUCUGUGGCUAUCCAGAGGGAAGUGGUUCCAGAAUAUUCUCCUUCAACUGGUAUGAAGACAAUAACUACAAAGCCUUCCUAGGGGUUGGCUCCACCAAGAAGGAAUCCAUUUAUUUUUAUGACAAUACAACCACACCCUUUUGUAAUGCAUUGAUCCAGAGCAUAGAAUCAAACCCUUUAACCAAAAUAGCCUGGAGUGCUGUGAAGCCCCUGCUGAUGGGAAAAAUCCUCUUUGCUCCUGAUUCGCCUGCUGUAAAGCAAAUACUGAAGAAUGCAAACUCCACAUUUGAAGAACUUGAGCGUCUCAGACUGUUGACCAAAGCCUGGGAAGAAGUGGGACCUCAGCUGUGGCACUUCUUUCAAAGCAGCCUGCAAAUGAAUAUGAUCCGAAAUACUCUGAAGAACCCCACGGUGAGAGACUUCUUGAAUGGACAGCUGGGUGCUGAAAGUUUAACUGCUGAAGAUGUGAUCAACUUUCUCCAUAAUGGAUGUCCAGAGAACCGCGAAGAGGGUGUGGCAGACUUUGAUUGGCGGAAUAUCUUCAAUGUCACAGACCAAGCUUUGCGUUUGUUUAAUCAGUAUUUGGAGGUAAGGUAUUGGGAUCCUGGUCCAAGAGCUGACCCAGUGGAUGAUUUACGUUACAUCUGGGGAGGGUUUGCGUAUCUGCAAGACAUGAUUGAGCAUGGGAUUAUAAAGACCCAGACCAACGCUGAAGUGCCAUCAGGAAUCUACCUGCAGCAAAUGCCGUAUCCCUGCUUUGUAGAUGAUAUCUUCAUGAUCACCCUGAACCGCUCCUUCCCUAUCUUCAUGGUGCUGGCUUGGAUCUAUUCGGUCUCCAUGAUAGUGAAGAGCAUUGUGCUGGAGAAGGAAAUGAGACUGAAAGAAGCCAUGAAGAACCGGGGAGUUACUAAUGGGGUUAUCUGGUACACCUGGUUCCUAGACAGCUUCAUCAUGAUGUCUGUGAGCGUGUCUCUCCUAACAGCACUAAUUACGUGUGGCAAGGUGCUUCACUACAGCAAUCCCCUCAUCCUCCUUCUGUUUCUGCUGACGUUCACCACAGCCACCAUCAUGCAGUGUUUCUUGCUCAGCACCUUCUUCUCCAAAGCUAACUUGGCAGCUGCCUGCAGCGGAGUCAUCUACUUCACCCUCUACCUGCCCCACGUCGUCUGCUUUGCUUGGCAGGACCGCAUGACUAUUAACCUGAAGAUUAUGGCAAGCUUGCUUUCUCCAGUGGCUUUUGGAUUCGGUACAGAAUACUUGUCACGCUAUGAAGAGCAAGGUGUUGGGCUACAAUGGGACAAUAUCAGGACCAGUCCUCUGGAGGCAGAUGAAUACAGUUUUUUCUUCUCCAUUGAGAUGAUGCUUUUUGAUGCUUUGCUAUAUGGAAUUCUCACAUGGUACCUUGAAAAUGUUUUUCCAGGGGAGUAUGGGAUACCACGGCCUUGGUAUUUCCCUCUGCAGGAGUCUUACUGGCUUGAGUCUGGCCACCCAAAAGCUGAGAAAACAGCAACUGCUGAUGAAAAGAGUCCCAGGAAAGAAGGCAGUCCAGCCUGGAAGGCAACAGGAGAGGAAAAGACUGCAAACGUGAGGGAGGAAGCAGACGAGCCUGAAAAGCUGGAAGAACAGAGUGACAACCAGGGGGAGAAGGAUGGUAAAGAAUCCAAAUGUAAACACAAAAGAAAAAAAGAGCGCGCCAAGCAGGGGAAGCCUAAGGCAGAGGCAAAGGACAAAGAUGAAAUGACUAUAAACACCUUUUUUGAACCUGAGCCUCCAGACCUGAUCCCGGGUGUGUGUGUGCAGAACCUGGUGAAGAUUUUUCCAGGCAGGCCCAAGCCAGCAGUGGAUGGCAUGAAUGUUACUUUCUAUGAGGACCAAAUCACAGCCUUCCUCGGCCACAAUGGAGCUGGAAAGACAACCACCAUGUCAAUCCUAACAGGCUUGUUUCCACCCACAUCUGGAACUGUCCUGGUUGGUGGCAAGGACAUCCAGAUACAUAUGGACUCGAUUCGGCAGAGUUUAGGCAUGUGUCCUCAGUACAACAUCUUGUUUAAUCACCUCACUGUAGCAGAGCACAUCUUGUUUUAUGCCCAGCUGAAAGGGAGGUCUCGAAAGGAAGCUGUGCUGGAGAUGGAGAUGAUGCUGGAAGAUAUAGGCCUCCCCCAUAAAAGGAAUGAAGAGGCUCAAAACCUGUCAGGUGGCAUGCAGAGAAAGCUAUCUGUUGCCAUUGCCUUUGUUGGUGAAGCAAAGGUGGUCGUCUUGGAUGAGCCCACCUCUGGAGUAGAUCCAUAUUCCAGGAGGUCUAUCUGGGAUCUUCUACUGAAGUAUCGCUCAGGCAGAACCAUCAUCCUCUCUACGCAUCACAUGGAUGAGGCAGACAUCCUUGGAGACCGGGUGGCCAUCAUUUCCCAAGGAAAAUUGUUCUGCUCCGGCUCUCCUGUCUUCCUAAAGAACUGCUUUGGAUCUGGCUUCUAUCUCACCUUGGUUCGCAAGAUGAAAAACACCCAAGGGGGAGGAGAAUGGGGUUCACACUCCCCUAGCUGUGGAUCUCAGUGCUCGUGUUCCUGUUCCAGGUGUGCACCUAAAGAUACAGUGGAAGGUCCCGAGCAAGAACUGGAUGGGGAUGUGAAUGAGCUUACAGAACUAAUUCAUCAUCAUGUUCCAGAAGCAAAGUUAAUUGAAAGUAUUGGUCAAGAACUCAUCUACCUUUUGCCCAGUAAAGAUUUUAAACAGCGAGCUUACGCCAGUCUCUUCAGAGAAUUGGAAGAAACCCUGGCUGACCUGGGACUCAGCAGUUUUGGGAUUUCGGAUACUCCCCUUGAAGAGGUUUUCCUGAAGGUCACAGCAGAUGCUGACCCUGGAUCACAGAAUGCAGGAGGUGCUCAAGAAAAUGGCUCCACUCUCAGAAAAACCUGCCUUGAGCAGAAAGAGAAGGCUGAACUACCCCCUUUGGCGACCAAUGGAGCCUCUCGAACACCUGCAGGCCGAACAGGGGAUGGGAAAGAAGGCAAGGGGUCCCGGCAGAAUAAAGGUUCUCAGCUUGUCCAUCAGCAAAUCAAAGCACUGCUCAUCAAACGGUUCCACCAUGCUACGCGUAGCCGUAAGGACUUCCUUGCUCAGAUUGUUCUCCCGGCUACUUUUGUGUUGUUAGCUCUAAUACUUACAGUUAUUAUCCCUCCCUUUGGAGAAUAUCCCAGCUUAAUACUCCAUCCUUGGAUCUAUGGACACCAGAUUACUUUCUUCAGCAAUGAGCGGCCUGGCAGUGAGCAGAUGGUUUCCCUCACUGAUGCCUUCUUGAAUAAGCCAGGAUUUGGAAAUCGCUGCAUGAAGGAAGAGCCUCUUCGGGACUACCCAUGCAGUAAUAUGUCAACUGCCUGGAGCAUACCACCUAUUCCUCCUAACAUAACCAACCUGUUUCUGACCCACAAAUGGAGCCCUGACGACCCUUCUCCCUCCUGCAAGUGCAGCACUCGCAAGAAGCUCACUAUGCUCCCGAAAUGCCCCGCGGGAGCUGGAGGCCUUCCUCCCCCACAGAGAGUGCAGCGCAGCACAGAAAUUCUUCAAGAUCUCACCCACAGAAACAUUUCUGAUUUCCUGGUGAAAACUUAUCCCAGUCUGAUCAGAGAAAGUUUGAAGAGUAAAUACUGGGUCAAUGAGCAAAGGUAUGGAGGAAUUUCCAUUGGAGGAAAACUCCCAGUCCUUCAUGUCACUGGAGAUCAAAUUGUUGAUUUUUUGAGAGACCUUGGCCAAAUGAUGAAUAUAACAGGGGGUCAAGCCUCAAUGUCUGUUGCUAAAGAAAUGUCUAAUUUCCUUAAAUACAUGGAAACUGAAGACAACAUUAAGGUGUGGUUUAACAAUAAAGGCUGGCACGCCAUGGUAAGCUUUCUCAAUGUAGCCAACAAUGCAGUCCUGAGAGCCAAUCUGCGGCAAGGCCAAACUCCUGAGGAAUAUGGGAUCACUGCAAUAAAUCAUCCUCUGAACCUCACCAAGGAGCAGCUCUCAGAAGUCACUGUGCUGACCACUUCGGUGGAUGCUGUUGUCGCCAUCUGUGUGAUUUUUGCCAUGUCCUUCAUCCCGGCCAGUUUUGUUUUGUAUCUGAUCCAAGAACGGGUGACAAAGGCCAAGCACCUCCAAUUUGUCAGUGGUGUUAGCCCUGCUGUUUACUGGCUAACCAAUUUCAUUUGGGACAUAGUGAAUUACACAGUGAGUGCUGGUAUGGUUGUGGGUAUAUUCAUUGGAUUCGAAAAGAAAGCGUACACGUCUCCAAGCAACCUCCCUGUACUUAUUGCAUUGCUACUUCUGUAUGGGUGGGCAAUAAUUCCCAUGAUGUACCCAGCGUCCUACCUGUUCAAUGUCCCUAGCACUGCCUACGUUGCAUUAUCUUGUCUUAAUCUCUUCAUUGGUAUCAACAGCAGUGCCAUUACAUUUAUCCUGGAGUUGUUCGAAAAUAACCCAUCUUUGCAGAAAUUCAAUAAAACAUUGAAAAAUAUGCUGAUAAUCUUCCCACAUUUCUGCCUGGGCCGUGGACUCAUUGACCUAGCUAUGAACCAAGCAGUGACAGAUGUCUAUGCCAGGUUUGGUGAGAAGCAUGUCUUGAAUCCAUUCCAGUGGGAUUUUGUUGGAAAGAACCUGGUUGCCAUGGCAGUUGAAGGAGUUGUAUACUUUGUUCUGAAUCUCCUUAUGCAGCGUCAUCUGAUCCCCACACGAUGGUUUUCUGAGCCUGCUAAGUUGCCUAUUAGUGAUGAAGAUGAGGAUGUUGCAGAGGAAAGACAAAGAAUUAUGAAUGGAGGAAACAAAACAGAUAUAUUAACAUUACAAGAACUGACCAAGAUUUAUGCAGGUAGACACAGGCCAGCAGUAGACAGACUCUGUGUUGGCGUUCGUCCGGGAGAGUGCUUUGGUCUCCUGGGAGUGAAUGGAGCUGGCAAGACGACAACCUUCAAAAUGCUGACUGGGGAUACAGACGUGACAUCUGGAGAUGCUGUAGUGGCUGGCAACAGUAUAUUGACCCACAUCUCUAAUGUCCAUCAAAACAUGGGCUACUGUCCACAGUUUGAUGCUAUUGAUGACCUCCUCACAGGCCGGGAACACCUCCAUCUCUAUGCACGCCUGCGAGGGGUCCCUGCAGAGGAAAUCGAGAGGGUUGCUGACUGGGGGAUUCAGAAGCUGGAUCUCCAGAUGUAUGCAGACCAGCUGGCAGGCACAUACAGUGGUGGUAACAAGCGCAAACUCUCCACUGCCAUUUCCCUGAUAGGCUGCCCUCCUCUUGUUCUGCUAGAUGAACCCACUACAGGGAUGGACCCUCAGUCCCGACGCUUCUUAUGGAACUCUAUUGUCAGUGUGAUCCGAGAAGGGCGAGCUGUAGUUCUGACCUCACACAGCAUGGAAGAAUGUGAAGCUCUCUGCACUCGUCUAGCCAUAAUGGUGAAGGGGACCUUCAAAUGCCUGGGCACUAUUCAACAUUUAAAAUACAGAUUUGGAGAUGGAUAUAUUGUCACCAUGAAAAUUAAAGCACCUAAACCUGGGCUGUGUCCAGAUCCAAGCCCAGCUGAGCAUUUCAUACAAGUCAACUUCCCAGGCAGUUUACAAAGAGAGAAACACUAUAACAUGCUGCAGUACCAGAUUUGCUCCUCCUCCCUGGCCAGGAUAUUUCGGUUACUUAUCUCCAACAAAGAAAACCUGAAUAUCGAAGAAUAUUCAGUCUCACAAACAACUUUGGAUCAGGUAUUUGUGAACUUUGCUAAGCAACAGAUGGAGGAUGAGGAAAUUCCUUUACACCCUCGUGCAGCUGGAGCCAGUCGGGAGGUGAAGGUGUCCCCAGCUUUUCCUCGAUAAGCAGCUGCAUAGAACUCCCCUGCAGCUGCUAACACUGAGAGCGUGUUAGCUCACAGGUGUGCCAUAUCACAGCUGUAUGGAGAGUGAAGAAACUGCUCAGGGCAGUAUUCAAAUAAAGCUUUGUACCUUUCUGAGUACUGUGUUCACAACUAUCUAGCAACAAAAAACUUCUUCUGCCUUGGCUAGAGAGAGACAUGAGGUACCCAUUGAAAGGGUCAAAGGAGUGGAAGAUGCUUGGUUUAUAAUAGAAUCCUCCUGUCACACAAGGA